GCUGAGCUCACAAUCCCAUAACAAUCCUACUAUCAAGGGCGGGCUGCAGCAUGGAAAAAGGGGCGCAGGAGGAAACCCCAAGAGAGCAGCACCGGCUCCUGCAUCCCACGGCUUGGCAGAGCACUGCCUGCAUGGACCAUCUUCUCCUGCACCCUUUGCCAGGCCAGGGGGGCAGGGACUCGCACCUUCUGCUGUUCCCCCCCAAGCAGGCUCCCCAGCACCAUCUCCUGCACCCCCUCUCUCCCAAACAAAGUGUUUUGCACAAGGAACAGAAACUUCCACAGCCUGGGGAAGGGGGUGCCUCUAAAGAACAGCAGCAACAUAUUUUGGAAGAGCAAAUUUGUCUUGGCAGGCAGCUUUCCCAGCCUGUCAUUGGGAUGGAACCGGGAGUCUGUGAAAAGCAGGAAGAGGAGGAAGAAAAUGGGCACCAGAAAGGGCUACAAGUGAAAGCAGAAGAACGUGACCCAGAGAACCCAUUGCUCUUUAUGGGAAGCAGCAACAAGAAAAAAAGGCGAGAGCCUAAAACUCUUACAAACCGUCUCAGUGGCAAAGAUGAAAGUAGCAGCAGCGUGAAAGGUGUGGGAGAAGUCAAACUGGGGAAAGUUGAAGAGCCUGAGGAGAUCAAGAAAGAGGCAAAGAUGAAAGAAAAUUGUGAUGCCAAAGCCUUGGGGCCUGCAAAAGAAGGGGCCAUCAAAACUGAACUGGUAGAGCCUCCUGAGGAGGAUUGCAAGGGGAGGGAAGAGGUGGCAUCCAAGCCUCGACCAUCCUCCAGUGGCCCAGCUCACGUCAGCAAGGAUGUUAGUUUGUCCCAACCUCUUGGAAACCAGCAUUCUCAAGAACUGAAGAUCCCCGUUACACUCCAUCCAGUCCCUCCUGGGGCUAGGAUCCAGUUUCAGGGACCACCUCCAUCUGAGCUUAUAAGAGUGACUAAAGUGCCAGUGACACAAGUGCCCCUUAAAAUGCAGUCCUUGCUGGAGCCUUCGGUCAAAAUUGAAACUAAAGAUGUUCCUCUCACAGUGCUACCCUCAGAUGCAGGGAUACCAGAUACUCCAUUCAGCAAAGAUAGAGAUGGCCAUGUCAAGCGUCCUAUGAAUGCAUUUAUGGUAUGGGCAAGAAUUCAUCGGCCAGCCUUAGCCAAAGCUAACCCUGCUGCUAAUAAUGCCGAGAUCAGUGUCCAGCUUGGAUUGGAAUGGAACAAGCUCACUGAAGAACAAAAGAAACCUUAUUAUGAUGAAGCUCAGAAGAUAAAAGAAAAACACAGAGAAGAAUUUCCUGGUUGGGUUUACCAGCCAAGGCCUGGCAAAAGGAAGAGGUUUCCAUUGACAGUCUCAACUGUAUUCUCGGGUACAACUCAGAACAUCAUAGCUACAAGUCCAAUGACGGCCUCUACUGUCUUUACUGGGACUUCUCAGAGUAUUAUUACUACAAAUCCAACUACCAUUUACCCUUUCCGAUCACCUACCUACUCUGUGGUCAUACCCAGCGUACAGAACAGCAUUGGACACCCAGUCUGUGAAGCCGCUUCUACUAUCCAGCUGCCAGCUCCUUCUGCUCAGCAUCCAGGCCCCAUUACGCUGUUCCAGCCAAGUGUAGGAAACACAACGCCAUUAGCUGCCUCAACUGCAAACCUGCCAAUUCGCCCAGUCCUUCAGCCUCAACGAUUUGCUGCACCUUCCCCAACAGAAGCUCAUCGUGUAUCUUCAGGAACAAAUUGCUCUAUAAAGAGACCCACCCAGAUUUCUCUUGAGAGCUCAAGCAGGACCCCAAAUAAUACAAGCACCACUCACCCUAGAUUCAGUGUCUCAAAUAGCCAACCCCCCAAGGAAUACUCAGGUGUUUCUUCAAGUUCUAGAAAUGGACCCAUUCCUCAAGCACCACCUAUCCCUCAUCCACACGUCUAUCAACCUCCUCCCAUUGGUCAUCCAGCAACUCUCUUUGGAGCUCCUCCUCGAUUUUCAUUUCACCAUCCUUACUUUUUACCUGGGCCUCAUUAUUUCCCAUCAAGCACAUGUCCAUAUAGCCGUCCUCCUUUCGGCUAUGGAAAUUUCCCCAGCUCCAUGCCUGAGUGCCUUGGCUUUUAUGAAGACCAGUAUCAAAAGCAUGAGGCCAUGUUUUCUGCCCUGAACAGAGACUACCCUUUUAGAGAAUACCCUGAUGAACACACACAUAGUGAAGACUCCCGUAGCUGUGAGAGCUUGGAAGGGACAUCCUAUUACAGCAGCCACAGUCAGACUGAAGAAGAAUAUUUAAACCCUAUGCCACAGUUGGACAUUGGGGCACUUGAAAAUGUUUUUACAGCAACCCCUUCCACACCCUCUAGUGUACAGCAAGUCAAUGUGACUGAUAGUGAUGAUGAGGAAGAAGGAAAGGUGUUGAGAGAUUUGUAAUUUUUCAGAUCAAAUCUAGCAUACUUUUAAAAAACAUGAAAUAAAACAUGUUCCUCAUAUAACACUAUUUUAGUGAGUGUUAUCUAGAAG